AUGGAAAUCUCACAAAUGAGAGCCAAUAAUCUCGUCGUCAUCGUUUUCCUUUUGUUAGUCUCGAUCGUUCAGGCUAACUACUUUGGCCCGAUUACUCAGUUCUUGGCUCCUCACAAUGCUGCUCGUGUUGCCGUCGGAUUGCCACCUUUGUUUUGGAAUUUAAGGAUGGCGAACUACGCUCGGUGGUACGCCAACCAAAGGCGUCAAGACUGUGAUUUGAGGCACUCCAACGGACCUUAUGGGGAGAACAUCUUUUGGGGUAGCGGCGAUGACUGGAUGCCCGCCGACGCGGUCGCCUCGUGGGUGUCCGAGAGUAAAUGGUACGGCCACGGGUCGAAUUCGUGCGUAGGAGGACAGGAAUGCGGGCAUUAUACGCAGAUUGUGUGGAGCAAGACCCGAGGCGUCGGGUGUGCCAAGGUGGUUUGUGAUGGUGGUAAGGGUGUUUUCAUGACAUGCAACUAUGAUCCUCCGGGGAAUUACGUCGGAGAAAAACCUUACUGA